AUGGGUAUGUGUUUGGGAUUCUUACAGUGAAAUAUUUUGUCAUUUAAUCCGGAUUUUUUGUGUCUUUUCUGUCAUGCUAGCCGAGAAGCAAAGGUUAGCCAGUUAGCUUAACUUGUACCACAGAGCGAUGUGCACCAAACUCCGCUCAAAAAUCAGUCACAAAUGAAACUUUUGCUUUUAGACAGAAAAAUGGUUUGAAGAAUACAACUGAUUUAAAUGUUCUUGGGGUUAGGUUUGACAACAGUAUAAUUCGGCGUAAGUUUCAAACGCUUAGUUGUGAUAAUUUGGAAGAAAAUCCGUUUAGAAACAGGGUUUAUAUGUUCAACAUGAGGUCGUUUUGUGCAAGUGCCUUUCAUAACAGAGUACCAUUUGUUGCUCUUCUUAGAUGUCGCAUUUUUUUUCUUGAAUUACUGCAAAAUAACACUAUCAUUGACCCAUUUAUAACCAAAUCUUGAAGUGAUGAACAAUUUAUGAGACUGUAGUGAAAUUAAAGUGCAAGUCUGAUCAGUAUAAGGUUUUAACAUGUGGCAUUUCGUUUUAAAAUAAUUCACAUUUUCUUCCAGACUCAUGCCGAAUUAACUAUCUUCAUGGCCUUUUUCAAUACAUGUAAACUAGUUUGUCAAUUUACUAGAAAGUGAUUAAAACCUUAUCGUUAAAGUUUGGAGAUUUAGUGACAGGAUCUGGUUGGGAGUGAAAGAGGUAAAAUUUAUGAUUUGUCCAAGUUGUCAUUUCUGAGUCAUAUCAUUUAUGUGAACAGAAACAAAACGGUUAUUAUUCAGUGAAACUUGGGUAAAUGAAAGCGAUAAAGGAAGGUCAAAUGAUCCGUAAAUAGCAUCAAUGUUGUAUUAUUUAUUUCUCCUUCCCAGCCUCUUCUCUCCCCCUCUCCUCUCUGCGCCUCCUCAUCCCUCCCCUCCGCUUGCUGACGGCGGCGAUGUGGCAGGUUGCUCAGCAUCAAAGUGUGAAGCAUUAUGGGAUGUUGGCGGACUUUGUCUCCCUGGUAACAGAGGCUGUCCCACAGCUGCUUACUGACAGACAGAGGAGUCUGCUGCUGCUGGCGCUGAGGGCAAAGGUGAGUGAAGACAUGCCAUCUUUCCAUCGAGAAACAGUUAAAGCUUAAAAUCAGGGCGGAGGUUAAAAGUCCCUCUAAAGCCAAAACAUGCAAGUUUUUCACCUUUACCCACAAAAAUCACUCAGUAAAUCAAUAAUGUGUGUUAUAAUAUGUUUGUUUGGUAUGAGCAGGUGACUACAAUGUCUUUACUCUCCCCCUGCUCCAGGUGGCCCUUGGUGACACUGACCCACAGGCCAUCCACAAUCACCUUGAAAAAAUCCACUCCGUCUCAGGGGCGACGGUGAGACUCCCAGCUGUGUGUAUCAUGUUGUAACCAAACUUUAAAACCUAAAUUAGGACACACACUCAGCGCACAUCACUCCUGUCCUUAGCUCCUUUCAUCGUCUCUUUUAGGAUUGAUUUUAAACUUUUAAAGUUUGUUUUUAAAGCUCUUAACGGCCUCAUCUCCAUCUAUUUAACUGAGCUUUUAACUGUUCGGGAGCCAGGUAGAGCUCCGAGGUCGUCAAAUCAACAUCUGCCGGAGGUGCCCAGGUCUAAACACAAACACUGGGGUGACCGAACCUUUUCAGUCGCUGGUCCCAGGCUCUGGAAUAAACUCCCCACCGAAAUGAGACUUAUGUCCGACCUGGGCAUUUUCAAAUCCUGAUUGAAUGUGUACUUAUUUAUGCUGGCUUCAAAUACCCAGUAGCGUGGUGACAUUUUAUUUUAUUGCAUUGUAUUUUAUUCUUUUUUUAUUGUUUUUAUUUAUUUAUUUUUAUUUUCUAUGUAUUGUAAAGCACUUUCGUUCACUGAAAGGGCUGAACAUUUACAUUUACACUUUCAACGUUAACUCCAUCUAUAAAUGUAAAAAAAAUAAACUUUUAAGCUUUUUACUUGCAAAAACAGUAAACUUUGUUCAUAUUUAAGGAAAACUUAUUUUCAUCGAACAGUGUUUAAAGUUUGACUGUUUCAGUCUCUGCUCUGUUCUGUCUCUGACUGUUUCAUUCUUUGUUGAGACUCAACAAUCAUGUCAUUGAUACACAAAUUAAAAAGUUUGGGUCCCAGAUUGGAGCCUUGUGGCGCUCCGUAAUCGAUGUUCCUAUAGAAAUAUGAAGUGCAGCACAAAUACGUGAAGAUGUUUUGUGUUUGUCUCAGCAGAGUGAUGAAGAGGUGGGUGGAUGGUGUUCAGUUCUUUCGGCUCUCACAGAAAAGCUGCCUCAGAGUCCAGCAGACAGACAGCGCCUCCUGCAGGUCAGAGCUGCAGCAACAACAACAACAACAACAACAAAACCUACCAGAGCAGAAAGGUCAUGCCUUUGACAGCCUUUGUGUUCUCUGCUUGUUUCAGGAGGUUUUCAGCCCCAGUUUUGACUCCGCCCUCCAGUCCUUCAUCUCUGAUUUCCUGACCAGGAUCGAGCAGCUGUUCCCGGUGCCCGACUUCAAACAGGUCCUCAGAAAAUCCUUCACGACCACAACAAACCUUUACACAAACAGGAGACAUUCACAGUUCAUCCUUCAGUCUUAAACUUGAGUUUUCUGACUCCUAGGCUGCAUCGUGGCUCGAUGCUGUCCCUGGUGGUGUGGAGGACUAUCUGCAGGAGGCCAACAAGGAGGAUCUGAGGGAGCUGCUGACCAAUCAGAGCUGUCGAAUGGGGCAAGCCACAAAUUCAGGUUUUAGAAAACACACGUUUCAGUCUUCAUUUUCAUUUGAAUGUUCUGUUUUUAUUAUUUUCAAAAUGUUUUUUUUUGUUCCUCAGUGAGUCCUGACACAGAAAAGAUCCUCCUCUCAGCCUGGUCCCACCCCUUCCUCACCAAACUGACCAACCCUGACCCUCCUCCCCCCGACACAGUGGCCCAAUCAGGAGACCUCCCUGACCAGGUGAGUCCCCUCCAGCUGGACGUGGAGCUGGUUAAAGUGGAGGUGGUGGUGAUGAUGGGGGAGGAGCGGGAGGAAGAGGUGGAGGAGACAGUGAUUAGUGGCGGCAUGUCGCUGGUGGAGCAGGAGGCGUCCAAUGAGAGCUCAGCAAUAGGCGGCAGCGUUUGUCUCAUCACACCCGAGGUUGAAGAGGAGGACAGGUGAGACUCUGUGAUGAUUGGUCAGAUUUCUGCGACAUCAUAAGACUAACCAAUAAAUCUGUUUCCUGUCAGGCUGAAGGACUCACCUGCAAACGUAGUCGACCAAUCAGGAGACACAGGUGUGAGACACACACAUACACAGCUGUGAAUGCAGGCUUAGACACACCUUUUUUAAUCACCUGUCUUUCUUCUCAGCCAGCCAAUCAGAUCAGUCAGCAAAUGCGAUCCACAGCAUUUCCCAUAAUUCUCGGCGGGUGGCUCACAGGUGUCCUCAGUGUGGUAAAUGCUUCAUCUAUCGGUCUCAGGUAAGUCCGAGUUUAAAUCACCGGUCACAGAAUACGACCUGAAUUCUAUCAGAGGUCAAAAGUUCAGAGUCUCUGUAUCAAAACAACAAACCAAGGAGACCCGUUUCUGAAAUGAAACCUGGACCUAUUUAACCCUGAUAGACCCAAGCAGAACCAGGACUCUUCUCCUGCAAAGCCAUGAUGUUGUAGUCGGACCAGAAUCAUAAAUAAAUAAACCCGGGUCCAUCCGUGUCUGUUUUCAUCUUCAUCACUUUAACUCUGAGCUCCCUGCAUCUCUCUUCCCUCCAGGUGAUCCGUCACCUGAAGACCAACAAGUCCUGCAGCUCAGGUGUAACCUCCGCAGAGGGUCAGGAGCAGGAGCCCAGCCCCCCAGAGCCCCACCCCCCCAGGUCACACUCCUGUUUCCAGUGUAACGCCGUCUUCAAAACCAAAGCAGAGCUGCUGUCGCACCAGCGCAGCCACCGCGCCCGGCCCAUCUACCAGUGCAGCCAGUGUGACAGGGAGUUCCACCACCUGUCCAGUCUGACCAAUCACAAGCAGACACACCUGGACAGGAGCGGGUUUACCUGCAGCAGGUGCAACAAGGUGUUCGAGUCGGCCAAAGAGAGGGACGCUCACCGGCUGCAGCACCGACUGCCUGACCUCACCUGCACAGUGUGUGAGCAGACGUUCAGCUCGCAGUCGCAGCUGCUGCGACACCUGCAGACGCACUCUGUGGAGGGGGCGGAGCCAUGCUACAGCUGCCGCUUCUGUGAACAGACAUUUAAAGGUGAGUGUAUCCCACAGGUGGACAGGUGAGGUCAAUAAGGAGUUCUGACUGACGUGAGAAAUCUGUGAAUCUUUCUUAACUCCAGUGUGACCUUUGACCUUCUCUCUUCUCUGACUGAACACCUGAGCGUACCUGUACCUGCACCUGCACCUGCAGCGACAGUUAUAAUGAAUCAAACAGCAAUAAGGAUGUCUUUGAAAGUUAAAGCAGAGUUCAGGUGUCUCAGGUGUAACCCUGACUGGACCUGAUGGUCUAACUCUGGUCUUCCUCCUCAGGUGUGACUCAGCUGCGUAUCCACCAGCGCACACACACCUUCCGCACGUACCAGUGUGACCAGUGCAGUAAGUCGUACGGCUCUCUCACCGGCCUGCAGUCGCAUCGGGCGACCCACAGCGCCGAGAGCCGCUUCCUCUGCCCACAGUGCGGCAAACGCUUCAAGACCCGCGACGGGCUGGAGGGUCACCUGAGGACGCACACGGGGGAGCGGCCCUACCGCUGUCCCUACUGCCCCAAAGACUUCACCGCACUCGCGGGACUCAACGUGCACGUGCGGAGACACACAGGGGAGCGUCCGUACGUGUGCACGGUGUGCGGGAAGGGCUGGCCGUCCGGAGGAGACCUGCAGAAACACAUGAGGAUUCACACGGGGGAGAGACCGUACAUCUGUCAGGACUGUGGGAAGGCUUUUUCUAUUUCCUGUCACCUGACUGAGCACCGCAGGAUACACACAGGUACCAGCAGGGAUUUGUAGUUUUCUGCAGACUCCUGUGAACUCCUACAUUAUGAUCAUUUGAUCAGUUUGAAUCUUUAAACCCUGAGCGCUCCGUGUUUUUGUCUGACCCUCUGUCUCUCUCCUCUCUGUCUGUGUGUUUCAGGAGAGAAACCUUUCUCCUGUCCUGAGUGCGGGAAAUGUUUGAGGAGGAAGUUCGAUCUGAAGAAGCACAUGUUGUCUCACAGCAGCGUCCGUCCGUACGGCUGCGUUCACUGCUCAAAGAGCUACACACGCAAAACUCACCUGAACAGACACCUGCUGACACACCGGACAGGUGACGGAGAGGCGGGGGCGGAGAUGACCGAUGAGUCCUGA